UUUCGCGCGGCCCGCACGGGGCCCAGCUGACGGCCGCGUUGUUUACGGGCCCGAGCAGUCCUGGCUCCCGCCGCCCAGGUGCCCGCCCGCGCGUCCCUCUGUCCGCGCGUCCGCCCGUCCCGCAGUCCGCAGAUCGCGGCCCGGAGCGCGAGGGGCCGAGCGCCAGGAGCCAGGGACGCGGCGCGGAGCUUCGGGCCCUGAGAUCGCAGGCCGGGCCGGGCCGCGGUGGCCGGGAGGGGGUCGGGGCCGCCCGCGCCGCGCCUUGCCUUCGCGUUCCAGGCGGCGAGGCUGCGCCUUCCCCGGCGGUCCCCAGGCCUCUCCGGUGCGCGCUGAGGCCGGGUGUGGGACGGAGAGAAGGGCCCGCGGCUCCGGAGCCUCCCGGGUGGCCGCCUCAGAUGAUGCCCCCCGCGGGCCGGCUCCGCGCGCUCUGAUCGGCGGGGACCCCGCGCUCCGGGAGCCAUGGGCGCGCGGGGGGCGGCGGCCGCGCCGCUGCUGGUGGCCCUGGCCGCGCUGCUGGUGGGCGUCACGGGCCACUUGUACCUCGGAGAGGUGUGUCCUGGCAUGGACAUCCGCAACAACCUCACCAGGAUGCACGAACUAGAGAACUGCUCUGUCAUCGAAGGACAUUUGCAGAUCCUCCUGAUGUUCAAGACGAGGCCGGAAGACUUCCGCGACCUCAGUUUCCCCAAACUUGUCAUGAUCACCGAUUACUUGCUGCUCUUCCGGGUCUACGGGCUUGAGAGCCUGAAGGACCUGUUCCCUAACCUUACGGUCAUCCGUGGCUCCCGCCUCUUCUUCAACUACGCGUUGGUCAUCUUCGAGAUGGUCCACCUCAAGGAGCUGGGGCUGCACAGCCUCAUGAACAUCACCCGGGGCUCCGUGCGCAUCGAGAAGAACAACGAACUGUGCUACUUGGCCACCAUCGACUGGUCCCGGAUCCUCGACUCCGUGGAGGAUAACUACAUCGUGCGGAACAAAGAUGACAACGAGGAGUGUGGGGACAUCUGUCCGGGCACGGCGAAGGGCAAGACCAGUUGUCCUGCGACAGUCAUCAACGGCCAAUUCAUAGAGCGGUGCUGGACCCACAGUCACUGUCAGAAAGUCUGCCCGACCGCCUGCAAGUCCCACGGCUGCACCACUGAAGGCCUCUGCUGUCACAGCGAGUGCCUGGGCGACUGCUCCGAGCCCGACGACCCCACCAAGUGCGUGGCCUGUCGCAACUUCUACCUGGAUGGCAGGUGUGUGGCCACCUGCCCGCCUCCCUACUACCACUUCCAGGACUGGCGCUGCGUGAACUUCAGCUUCUGCCUAGACCUGCACAAUAAAUGCAAGAACUCACGCAGGCAGGGCUGCCACCAGUACGUCAUUCACAACAACAGGUGCAUCCCCGAGUGUCCCUCUGGGUACACAAUGAAUUCCAGCAACUUGAUGUGUACCCCAUGCCUGGGCCCCUGCCCCAAGGUCUGUCACCUGGAAGUCGAGAAGACCAUUGACUCUGUCACCUCGGCCCAGGAGCUCCGCGGUUGCACUGUGAUCAAUGGGAGCCUCGUCAUCAACAUCCGGGGAGGCAACAACCUGGCAGCAGAGCUGGAGGCCAACCUGGGCCUCAUUGAAGAGAUUUCAGGCUAUCUAAAAAUCCGCCGGUCCUACGCACUGGUGUCCCUCUCCUUCUUCCGGAAGUUACGCUUGAUUCGAGGGGAGAUCUUGGAAAUGGGGAACUACUCAUUCUACGCACUGGACAACCAGAACCUGAGGCAGCUGUGGGACUGGGACAAACACAACCUCACCAUCACUCGGGGCAAGCUCUUCUUCCACUAUAACCCCAAGCUCUGCCUGUCAGAGAUUCACAAGAUGGAAGAGGCCUCGGGGACCAAGGGGCGCCAGGAGAGGAACGACAUCGCCCUGAAGACCAACGGGGACCAGGCAUCCUGCGAAAAUGAAUUACUUAGGUUUUCUAGCGUUCGGACAUCUUUCGACAAGAUCAUACUGCGGUGGGAGCCCUAUUGGCCACCUGACUUCAGGGACCUUCUCGGAUUCAUGCUUUUCUACAAGGAGGCCCCUUACAAGAAUGUGACCGAGUUCGACGGGCAGGAUGCGUGUGGCUCCAACAGCUGGACGGUGGUGGACAUUGACCCGCCAACAAGGACCGCAGACCCGAAGCUGCACUCGCAUCCCGGGUGGCUGAUGAGGGGGCUCAAGCCCUUUACCCAGUACGCCAUCUUUGUCAAGACACUAGUCACUUUUUCCGACGAACGCCGGACCUACGGGGCCAAGAGCAACAUCAUCUAUGUGACUACGAAUGCCACCAACCCGUCUGUCCCCCUGGACCCCCUCUCCGUGUCUAACUCCUCAUCGCAGAUCAUCUUGAAGUGGAAACCUCCCUCGGACCCCAACGGCAACAUCACGCACUACCUGGUCUAUUGGCAGAGGCAGGAGGAAGAUAGUGAGCUGUAUGAGCUGGAUUAUUGCCUCAAAGGGCUCAAGCUGCCCUCCCGGGCCUGGUCGCCCCCGUUCGAGUCUGAGGACGCCCAGAAACAUAACAGGAGCGAAUACGAGGAGGCGUCGGGCGAGUGCUGCUCCUGCCCCAAAACUGACUCUCAGAUCCUGAAGGAGCUGGAGGAGUCCUCAUUCAGGAAGACCUUCGAGGACUACCUGCACAACGUGGUCUUCGUGCCGAGAGAACCCGCUGCAGUCAGUGGUGCCCAGGACGCUAGGCCCUCUCGGAAACGCAGGUCCCUCGGUGAGGUGGCGAAUGCAACCAUGGUGGUGCCCACUGCGCCAAGCUUCCCAAGCAACUCCUCCCCUAGUGUGCCUGCCAGCCAGAACGAGACCAGGCCCUUCGAGAAGGUGGUGAACAAGGAGUCGCUGGUCAUCUCGGGCCUGCGACACUUCACCGGCUAUCGCAUUGAGCUGCAGGCCUGCAACCAGGAUGCUCCGGAGGAGAGGUGCAGCGUUGCCGCCUACGUCAGUGCCCGGACCAUGCCUGAAGCCAAGGCGGAUGACAUCGUGGGCCCCGUGACCCACGAAAUCUUCGACAACAACGUUGUUCACUUGAUGUGGCAAGAACCAAAGGAACCCAAUGGCCUCAUUGUGCUGUAUGAAGUGAGCUAUCGUCGGUAUGCGGAAGAGGAGCUGCACCUGUGCGUCUCCCGGAAGCACUACGCCUUGGAGGGGGGCUGCAGGCUCCGCGGGCUGCAGCCGGGCAACUACAGUGUGCGGAUCCGGGCCACCUCCCUGGCCGGAAACGGCUCCUGGACAGAAGCCACCUAUUUCUAUGUGACAAAUUAUUCAGAUGUCUCCUCGAAUAUUGCCAAGAUGAUCAUCGGCCCUCUCAUUUUCGUCUUUCUCUUCAGCAUCGUGAUUGGGAGCAUUUAUCUAUUCCUCAGAAAGCGACAGCCAGAUGGGCCGUUGGGACCGCUGUAUGCUUCCUCAAACCCUGAGUACCUCAGCGCCAGCGACGUAUUUCCAUGUUCUGUGUAUGUGCCGGACGAGUGGGAGGUGCCUCGGGAGAAGAUCAGCCUCCUGCGAGAGCUGGGGCAGGGCUCCUUCGGCAUGGUGUACGAGGGUAAUGCCAAGGACAUCAUCAAGGGUGAGGCUGAGACUCGCGUGGCUGUGAAGACCGUCAACGAGUCGGCCAGCCUCCGAGAGAGAAUCGAGUUCCUCAACGAGGCCUCAGUCAUGAAGGGCUUCACAUGUCAUCACGUGGUCCGCCUCUUGGGGGUGGUGUCCAAGGGCCAGCCGACGCUGGUGGUCAUGGAGCUGAUGGCCCAUGGAGACCUGAAGAGCUACCUCCGCUCCUUGCGGCCAGAGUCUGAGAAUAACCCCGGGCGUCCACCCCCUUCCCUGCAAGAGAUGAUUCAGAUGGCGGCAGAAAUUGCCGAUGGGAUGGCGUACCUGAACGCCAAGAAGUUUGUACACCGGGACUUGGCAGCUCGGAACUGCAUGGUCGCCCAUGAUUUUACUGUCAAGAUUGGAGACUUUGGGAUGACGAGAGACAUCUACGAGACAGAUUACUACAGGAAGGGAGGCAAAGGCCUGCUGCCUGUGCGGUGGAUGGCGCCCGAGUCCCUCAAGGAUGGAGUCUUCACCACUUCUUCAGACAUGUGGUCCUUUGGCGUGGUCCUCUGGGAAAUCACCAGCCUGGCGGAGCAGCCUUACCAAGGCCUGUCCAACGAGCAGGUGCUGAAAUUUGUCAUGGACGGAGGGUACCUGGACCAGCCCGACAAUUGUCCAGAGAGAGUCACUGACCUGAUGCGCAUGUGCUGGCAGUUCAACCCUAAGAUGCGGCCGACCUUCUUGGACAUCGUCAACCUACUGAAGGACGACCUUCACCCCAGCUUCCCAGAAGUCUCCUUCUUCCACAGCGAGGAGAACAAGGCUCCUGAGAGCGAGGAGCUAGAGCUGGAGUUCGAGGACAUGGAGAAUGUCCCCUUGGACCGGUCCUCACACUGUCAGCGGGAGGAGGCGGGGGGCCGGGAGGGAGGGUCCUCGCUGGUCAUCAAGCGCAGCUACGAAGAGCACAUCCCCUAUACGCACAUGAACGGAGGCAAGAAGAACGGGCGGAUCCUGCCCCUGCCGCGGUCGAGCCCGUCCUAACAGCGCCCGCCUGGGGGAGGGCUUCCCGUGCUUUUCCCCUUCCCCCUGGUUUGAACACCUCCAGAAAACUCAGGAUUCUCGCGACUCUACCCUGAUAUCAAACGGAGCUCAGAUUGUUCCUGGACAUUUCUGUUUCUCCUUUGACAUGAAGCAUAGGGGUGCGACUGCCGACUCAGCUCGUCAGAGGACUUAUCUGUGAACCUAGAGGGGAAGGGGUUUCCAUGGCUGCUGCCUUUUUUGGCUUACACAGUUUCAAACAAGGACUCUUUUUCUGAUUUUUUUUUUUUUUGUUUGUUUUGUUUUUUUUAGGAGAUUGGAAAAAAA